GAAAUAACGCUUCGUUAAGUCUUUACAUGACCUCCUCUGGAAAUGGCGAGAACGUCGGGAUUUACCGCUUUGGGAAACAGAAGCUUUCACCCAAGAGUCACAAUAAUGAACAGCAUUUUGUGGGUCUGAUGCUCAGCAAGAGAGAGAAUUCCCUUCAGGACAGAAUUUACGCUUUCUACAAGCAGAAAAACAAAGACACAGCACUGGACAGUGAUAAGUGGAUCCCCUUUGUGAGCCAGGUUUGCACGGCUGACAUUGGGGGCCGUAAGAACCUACUGAUGAAUAAGUGGACCUCCAUGAUGAACGCUCGGCUGUUCUGUGGAGAUCCAGAGAGAAAACAGUAUUUCUCUGAGCUGCUGGAUGUGAACAUUGUGGAUGCAGACCGAUGGGAGGAAACCAAAGUCUAUGCUCUCUUCAGGAAUGAAUGGGGUGUGAGUGCCGUCUGCAUGUACACAGUAGCAGACAUUCAUGAAGUCUUCAUGUUCUCCUUGUUUAAAGAACCUCAAACAAAACGCCAACCGGACAGACCUCGGGAGUGUGUUCUGGAGAGUUCCACGAUUCCUGCAGCGAUCUUAAACAACAUUAAGGAGGUGUCAGAGAUGGAGGAAUGGGUGAAGCCAGCGAAAAACUCUCUCCCACUUCUGGUUCAUCGUCACAAUUACACUGGGAUCCACGUGGACGCUUCUCAGCACAGCAGCAACGGUCCCAACACUGUUAUUUUCCUGUCUUUAGCUAACGGUGGGAUUCACAAGGUGCUGCAGAGUGAAAAAGACACCUUUCUCAUUUCUGAGUACCGACCCUUCCACCAUCACGCCCACAUUAGCAGCUUCUUCCUCCACCCACGCUCAAGAAAGCUGUAUGUGACGUCACACAGAGAAGUGGUUGAAGUUGAUGUGGUGAACUGUGAGCGGUAUGGAAACAGCUGUGAGGACUGCAUCCUCUCCAGAGACCCUUACUGCAGCUGGAGCAACAACCAGUGUGCAGAGAAACGAGACCCUCAUCUGAUCACAGGAAACUAUAGUGGAUGCUCACAGAAUUCAAAAUAUUUUCACCUCUCAACAGAAAAAGUGGAAAACAGCCCGAUCGUCCUUCCCUCUGGAUCCAGAUAUUUCCUGCGUUGUCCCGUGUCUUCCCUCCAUGCCGAGUACGUCUGGAAGACCCCCAGCUCCUCAAAGUCCUGCAGCCCAAAGGAGGACGGGUGUCUGCUUCUGAUUGAAAGCAUGAGCUCCCUGCAGGACGGAGGUUAUGAAUGCACGUCAGAGGAGAAGGGCUACAAGAAAGUGGUGGCACGGUACCAGCUGAGGAGCACGGCGCCGGGCCGGACAGCGCCAUCUGGGUUCAUGUGUCCAGCAUGAGGCAGGGCAUCCUGGCACACCUGCAACUCAUCACCCCGGCAACAUUUAAGACCGGUUCCUCCAGCUUUUCCCUGCCAGUCCGUCUGCUAAGCUCAAGUGUCUGUGCUGGCCUGGAACCAUUCAAUUACUCCUGAUCUCGCCCCCUCCUGGACUCCCUACAUCUUUAACCUACCUGGACCUCUUCCCCCUCCUGGACUUCAAGCAACUUCUCCAUCACAAUAAACUAUUUGUCUUCAUCUCUUUCCUUCUGACCAUGACACAACUUUAGUUUUUGUUGAAGUCUUUUAUAAUAAGGACAUUUAUUUAUUAUUAGGCUUCUACCUUAGCAGAUCAAAUCUUAGAAUCAAGUUUAAACCUGGAGCAUUUUAACACGUAUGAGCUUGUCUUCUUAGAUAUUCAUAUUUUUAACUCUUUAUUUGCCAGAUUUUCUUUUUUGAAAAUAUUUGAUUUUUUAAACAUUUUAUAACAACAUAAUUCAAACGUGUUCAACCACUUGAGUCUUUUUUUGUAGUUUUUGAAGCAGCUUCUAUUUUUUUAAACUGUUUAACUUUGGUUGAGUGUUAAGAAAGUCACUCUAGAGUUUAGCAACAGUUUCUUCCUUUUGGAGUUCCGUUAUUUACUUCAACAUUUUCAGUCUGGCAGGAAAUGCAGUUCUCCUAGUUUAUAGGUCAAAAGCAAACGAGACGUUAUGAUACACUCACUAAACACUCACUCUGUGACUUAAAAGUUUAUUUAUUUUUUUGGUAACAUCUUGCAUAAUUUAGUUUGAUAAAGCUAAACAAAUCCUUCACACCCAUUUUUAGGAACAUUGUUGCAGCAAGUCUUCUUACAUCAUCGAGUUUGUCAUCAUUUUGCAUCAUAUUUGAUUCAAUAAAAACAUAAAACUUUAUGAGGAAGCUCCUUUGAUAACUGUGAGUCUCAUGACACUGAAACUUGUUUCUGG